AUGGAACACCCAGUGAUCAAUUCAAAACCAUCAAACUCCCCAACAUCUUCCAUAAUACCAAUCAUGUCCCUGGACUCUGAGUCUCCUUCCACUAGCAGGGACUGGUUCUUCCCAUCGCCGUCCUACAUCCACUCUUCAAACUCUGACAUCUCCAAAACCCCCACUAGACGCUUCUCUUCAUACCCAAGAGUCUCCAAACCCCCUAAACCGACGUUGUUUCAGAACACUUCGCCUACGAUUUCGGUCCCUGUUCGAGACCCCAAGUACGCCGGAGUUCGACGGCGGAUUGAACUCAAUCGCCGGAAUGAGAGGUCGACGAGAGCGGAGUGCCCGGCGGAGUUUCGGAUGUUAAGUGAGGUGUCGGAGGAGAAAACGAUGUCGGUUGAGAAGAGGUCUACCGGUUUGGCCGGUGGUCGGUUGAAUGUUCGGUGGCAGAUGGCUUUUUCAGUGGCG